AUGGCCUCAAUUGGACGUCUUGCUGGCAAGGUCGCCAUAAUCACCGGCGGAGCAUCAGGAAUAGGCCGAGCAACAGCCCUCGCAUACACAAAAGAAGGCGCCAAAAUCGUAUGUGCUGAUAUCCGAGAAACCACUCGCUACAAAGGCAGCAGCGAAGAAAAUGGCACGACAGUAGAACAAGUAAAAGCCCUCGGAGGUCGGGCAAUUUUCAGCCCUGUCGACGUAACCAAAGCAGAGUCCGUCGAAAGUUUGAUCCAAUCUGCAGUCAAACAAUUCGGCAGACUUGACAUUAUGGUCAAUAAUGCUGGCGUAUCCCUCGAAGCAAAGAAUUUCCGUCCUGUGUGGGAGAUCGAGACCGAUAUCUGGCAGGGGACACAAGACGUGAACUCAACGGGUGUGUUCUUUGGGACGAAGUAUGCUGUGCAACAGAUGUUGAAGCAGGAACCUCAUUCUAGUGGUGAUCGGGGAUGGAUCAUCAAUACUUCUUCGAUUCUCGGCUAUGUUGCUGCAGAGCAUACUGCGGCUUAUUGUGCGAGUAAAGGCGCUGUGCUGAAUUUCACAAGAGCGGCGGCGAUAGAUUGUGCCCCACAUCGAAUUCAUGUCAAUGGGCUGGCACCUGGGUAUACACAGUCGUCGAUGACGGGGCCUUUGUGGGCUGAUCCUGUUGCAAAGGCCAAGUUGGUAGAGAAGCAUCCUUUCCGAGGUUUGGGCCAGCCUGAGGAUCUUGCGAAGGCUGCUGUUUUCUUGGCUAGUGAGGAUGCUCAGUGGGUGACUGGGCAUACGCUUCCUGUGGAAGGUGGUUACCUUUCGCGCUGA